ACACUUCGUUCUAAUAUUUAUGAUGCAUAUAAUUGCCUGCCGGAAGUUUUUAUGUCUGAUAGAGAUCAGGCAUUACGAAAUGCUGCAGAUAUAGUGUUUCCACGAUCAAACAAAAUGCUGUGCGUUUGGCACCUUCUGGAACAGAACCUAAAGACGAACUGUCACAAACUUUUUGAAAAUGGGAAUGAUUAUGAACUAUUUAAAAAGGAAGUUGAGGCUCUUCGUUUUACUUCAGAUGAAGAAAAAAUUUACGAAUCAUUAAAUGCAGUAAAGAAAGCUGCCGAAAAAGCGCGUGAUUAUGAAAAGGCAAUAUCGUAUAUUCAGACCUGGAUGAAAGAUUCGGAAAAGUGGAUUUUGGCUUAUACAAAACGAUACUGUCAUAUGGGGAUUUCAACUACUGGGCGAGCAGAGUCAUCCCAUAGUGCAUUCAAACGAGCAAUUGAAAUGGCUACUGAUUUAGAAGGUGUUUUCCGCCAAAUUGAUCAAACUAUGC